CGCCUCCCCUCCCAUUUUCUCAGUACAAUCUGCACCAUGCUGCUGCAUGAGCAGACGGAAUUCUUCUAUCUGGUUCGCCCGAUGAGAAGAAAAAAAAAAGUAGUCUGAAUUCUGCUUUCUCACGCUUGCUGUUCAUCGCUUCCCGAGCCGAUUAGCAGAGAGUCGGAACGCCGUAAGCUGAAGCUUUCAGUCGGCUGCUGAAACCUCGUUCAUCAGUCAGUCUCCAAGGCGGUUCGAUCGUGGUGGCCAUCAUCAGCCGAGCGGCCAGAGCUGCACGAUGGCUACCUACUACUCGAGCCAGGGCAGUGAAAGGGAGCCGUCGCAGAACAUGUACUCCAGAGACCCCGGCAAUGGCACCGCGUCCUACCCUCCUCUGCCGUCGGCUCUGGGGAACUUGCUCUACUUGAACAGCCCGGCUUCUGGCGGGCCGUACACGGAUUUCGGCGGCGUCCAGCAGGACUGCAUCGAGAUGCCUGAACCUGGACAUCCUUCGGUGAUGUCCCAUGACUCGUCUGCCAGGGAGAUCGAGCCCGACAUGCUGGGGCAGCAGCGGCGCUCGUUCGGCCUAGCCAGAGGCAUGAAGGACGAGGUGCUGAUGCGCAUGAUGGAUGGAUCAGGAUCACAUAGCAGCGCAGCCGAUGCCAUCCAUGACGACGCCCCGAAUGGCAUACAGCUCGAUUUCGGCGUUCUGGGCAGCCACGGCCCGCCGGCGCAGGGCGGCCAAGGCUCCUUGUCUCUGAGCCUCAACACGCACAUCAUGGCGCCUGCCUUGCCGUACUGGCCUGUCGUCAAGGCAGACAUGCUGUCGCCGCACUCCUACGACCAUGGCUGCGGCGGCGGCAGCGGCGGCCUUGGCUCGGAGCCGUCGCGGGCGAUCCGGAACUCGAGGUAUCUGAAGGCGGCACAGGAGCUGCUUGACGAGGUCGUCAACGUCUGGAACAGCAUCAAGCAGAAGGCCCAGAAAGAGCAGGUGGAGGCAGGGAAGACGGAAGGGAAGGAGAACGAGGGAGGAGGGCCCAAGAGUGAGGGUCCGCAGGAGUCUGGCGCCAACGCUGCACCGGAGCUUUCUACUGCCGAGAAGCAGGAGCUUCAGAACAAGAUGGCGAAGCUGAUGGCGAUGCUGGACGAGGUGGACCGGAAGUACAAGCACUACUACCACCAAAUGCAGAGCGUGGUCUCGUCCUUCGACAUGGUAGCGGGGGCUGGAGCCGCCAAGCCAUACACCGCGGUGGCUCUGCAGACGAUCUCGCGCCACUUCCGGUGCCUCAAGGACGCCAUCAACGACCAGAUCAGCGUCAUCAGGAAGAAGCUCGGGGAGGAGGAGAGCUCGUCCGGCAGGGAGGGCAGGCUGACCCGUCUCCGCUACAUCGACCAGCAGCUCAGGCAGCAGCGGGCGUUCCAGCAGUACGGCAUGAUCCCGCAGAACGCUUGGCGGCCACAGAGGGGCCUUCCUGAGAACUCCGUCACCAUUCUUCGUGCUUGGCUCUUCGAGCACUUCCUUCACCCGUACCCUAAGGAUUCUGAAAAGCUGAUGCUGGCAAGGCAAACAGGCCUGACGAGGAGUCAGAUUUCGAACUGGUUCAUCAACGCCCGCGUCCGCCUCUGGAAACCCAUGAUCGAGGACAUGUACAAGGAAGAGACCGGAGACAUCGAGCAAGACUCCAACUCCUCCUCCGACAACGCGCCAGCAGGAAGCAAGGCCAAGACGGCGUCUUCGCGAGACAAGGAGGACCACCUGGCGAGAAGCUGCUGCACGCCGCGGGCCGUCUGCGAGAGCAGCAGCCAGCUGAGCGAGCCACCAGGAGGAGCCAGCAUGAGGGCCAUGAGCGUCGCCGCCGCCGCCGCUGGAGCGCCCAUGGGGUUAUUCCAGAACGAGCCUGGCCACGACCACGACCACGACGACAGCUUCAUGAGCCUGAUGCUCAAGGAGCAGCGACCGAACGACGGCGGCGGCGGCCUCCUCCUCCACCACAGCGCCGUGGCGCAGCACCAGGACGAGAACGCCCGGUUCAUGGCGUACCACCUGGCGGAGCUGGGCAGGUACGGCAACGGCAACGUGUCGCUCACCCUGGGGCUGCAGCGCUCCAGCAGCAGCCUCUCGGUUCCGCACGCUCAGCAGAGCUUCCCCGGUGUCGGAAUCGGUGUCGGAGACGACGACAUCUACAAUGCCACCGCCGCUCCUCUCGGUGUCAGCGUGGCGUCGCCGGACUACGAGUCCAUGAGCCAGAUGGAUCAGCGGCAACGGUUCGAGCAGUCGCCCCUUCUCCAUGAUUUUGUGGCGUGAUUGUUCGUUUGCCUAUACUCACUCUCCGUUCCAAAUCGCAAGACGUUUUUUUUUUUGGCUUUUCUAAAUCCAUGGCCUUUGCUAUACUAAAUAUAAGAUAUGUGUUUAGAUAUACCCAAAACGUUUUAUAAUUUGGAACGGAAGAGAGUACCUCAGAUGAUUAUAUAUGUGUUACAUAUGUGCCUGAAAGGAGCAUUGGGUUGUAGUAGCCUGUAGUUUUUCAAUUGUAUACAGAUUGGUGGUAUACUGGUAUAGCAGGAAAUGUAAUGUAGCGUAGGUGGGUUGGGGUGAUAGGGGUGAAAAGGAAAAGGGAAAGGAUCUUGUAAAGAUGAAACACACUAUACUAUACGUGUAAAAGCUUGUGAUUUGGCCACCAUACUGUUGUUAUGUGAUGACAUUCGAACGGGGCCUAGCCAGUUUAGACCAGUAAUCAAGUUUUAAAAGCAUUUCUACGAGUUCAUCGCAAUCAGGUGUGCGAAUGACAUCUAAACCAUGUCCAGAACAACAGCUCCUAUGAACAUACACACUGCUCCUUCGUGUCAAGUCUGGUGACCUGAGAGAUGUAUGCAAAUGAAAGAUGAAAUGCAUUUAGAGAGGAUGUGUUUAAAUGCACUAGAGCUAAUAGUUAGCUUAGGGGGUGUUUGGUUGUAGGGACUAAAGUUUAGUCCGGGUCACAUCAAGCAUUUGACUUUCAAAUAGGAGUAUGAAAUAUAGACCCAACCAACUGGACUAGAUUCGUCUCGUCUUUUAAUCUUCGGCUGAGAAAUUAGUUUUAUAAUCCGACUACAUUUAAUACCCGGAACGGAGGUUCAAACAUUCGAUAUGACAGAGGCUAAAUUUUAGUUUGGGGUAACCAAACACCCCCUU